GUUACGAAUGAACAAGCAAUGUGAUUGGUUGUGGGACGGGUAUGAGGGAAAUUCGAAAUAGGAAGUCUGUGUUCCCCCUAUCGCUGUGCUGGACGUCAACGUCGUACAGAGGUGGAAACGUCCGAGACGGCGAGUGCAGCACUACAUGACUAUGACAAUAACACGACCUGAGAUGGCGGCUGUCACACUGGUGGCGUUAAACUUCAUCCUGCUCCUGACAGUGGUAACCAUGGCAACCUACAAACUAAAUAGUAGCACAGAAAGAAGUAAACGUUCCGUCAAUGCAUCCGCAGUGCGUGGACUGAUGGUUCACGAUAUGUCAGCAGAGUGUUGGAGAGUGGAAGACUUAUCACGGAAUAUUGCCAGCAUCACCAACACAAGAGGCAACAGGGAUAAGCCAGCAGCCCACAUCAUCAUCAAUACUGGGGCCUUAUACACUGAAGACGUUGCCACACUGAGUUGGAGUCGGGAUCUCGAAAUCACUUUUCUUAGUGAGAAGAUGUCAUACACAGAUGGGGUUUUGACUGUGAAGCAGGGAGGAUACUACUAUGUCUACAGUCAGAUCGUUUACAGUGGGAACGGAACCCAGGAACUGGACUAUGGGCGGAUCCUGCACACAGUGGUCAAACAGAAGACGUCAGAGCUGGCGGAAGCACCAACUCCCCUGAUGAGGAACCUGCAGUCCACCCCCAGCAUCAGACGGGGACGACCCGCCUACACCACCAGCAGCCUGGGGGCCACCUUCUACCUGGAACCCAACACCAGGGUCAUGGUCAAGUCCAGUGUUCCUGGGAACAUCGAUUUCACCACACCUCACUCCACCUAUUUCGGGAUGUUCCUAAUAUAGUGUCCAGUCUUCCUGGGAACAUCGAUGUCAGCACACCUCACUCCACCUAUUUCGGGAUGUUCCUAAUAUAGUGUCCAGUCUUCCUGGGAACAUCUACUUCACGUCCUGCAUGGGGAUGUUCAUGACAUAAGCACAUCAUCUAAUACGACUGUGGGACACUGUGUGCAUUUAUGUAUUUCUAAUGGAUCGGAGUAACGCCUUAAGAUCCAGUUCAAAUUGCAACUUUCUGCAGAACUUACGUAAAUACUGAAGU